AUGGAGGUUGCGGUCAAAAGAUGUUCACUUUCUGGUUCAGACAGUGAUUCUGAAAAACUAUCGCAGGAGUUCCGCACUGAAGUUGAGGUUCUAAGGAAUAUCGACCACAGAAACGUAGUAAAGCUGAUUGGAUAUUGCACUGAAAAACGAGAGAUGAUUUUGGUCUAUGAGUACAUGCCUAAUGGAAGCCUUGAUAAAUAUAUUUAUGGCAUGAGAAAGGAGUUGGUUUUUGACUGGCCAACACGCUUCCGUAUAAUAAAAGGCAUCGCUCAGGAUAUGAACCCUAAAAUAACUGAUUUCGGCACAGCUAGAGUUCUUGAUCCAGGUGCAGAAGAAGAGCACACAGACAUCCUCCUAGGCACAGUAGGUUAUUUGGCUCCUGAAUACUUGAUAGAGAGGAUCUACUCCAUCAAGAGCGACAUUUAUAGCUUUGGUAUUGUCCUUAUUGAGAUCAUUGCUGGGAAAAGGCUCGGGAAUUAUGGAAAGAAGGAAGAUCAACUGAGCUUAUGGAUCCACAGCUACCCACGGACGAUCACAAAGAUGAGAUAG